CUCCGCCCCAUCCACAGCACGACCCUCACCUUUCCUCUGUCUUCCUUUACCCCAGCCCUGUGUGCUGACCCUCCCCCGCUGAUAAGAAAUGCUUUCUCCACAACUCUCAGAAUUCGCUGAGCGAUCUUGCUUGGCUUUCGAAAUCCUGAUGUUCCUGUACCUUGCACCCUCCCCUCCCCAGCCUUGUCUCUUAUAGGCACUCAUCUCCUUCUGCUCCGCUCUCUAUCUCCCCGGGAUCAGUCGGGCUCGGAGGCUGCACAAGGUAUCACAUUGGGGGGGAGGGGGUUAAUUCCUUUUGUGUGACCUUUCUCCCGAGUGGGCGAGAGGGAUACAAAACAUACGUCGCGUAUUUCCAUUCAUACUGACGCACUCUCAUCCACUGAAGUGCCUUGACUUGGCACAGACGCAUCCUGCCGCACUUUCAUUCGCUGACGCAUCGUCAUCUGCGUUAAGGCGCACUUACUAAAGCUGUCUUUAGGACAUGGUUCUUUGCUGCUGACCCUCAUAUUCCAACAUGGGUACCUCUACCAAGUACACACCUGCCUCCACAGAAGAGCCAAACCGUAAUGGGACAAAAGAUUCCACAGCAGACUCGGGCUCGCAAGAGUCCAUGAAACUGAAGAAAGAGAUCUCCCUGUUAAAUGGGGUGUGCCUCAUUGUGGGGAACAUGAUUGGCUCUGGAAUCUUUGUGUCACCCAAAGGGGUCUUAAUAUACAGUGCUUCAUUUGGCCUCUCACUGGUAUUAUGGGCAGUUGGUGGUAUUUUCUCUAUCUUUGGCGCUUUGUGUUAUGCUGAGCUUGGGACUACAAUCACCAAAUCUGGGGCCAGCUAUGCCUAUAUCCUAGAGGCCUUCGGGGGUUUUGUGGCUUUCAUCAGAUUAUGGACAUCUCUUCUCAUCAUUGAACCCACAAGCCAAGCUGUCAUUGCCAUCACAUUUUCCAACUAUAUGUUGCAGCCUAUCUUCCCUUCUUGUGGAUCUCCUUAUGCUGCUAAUAGACUCAUUGCAGCAGGUUGUAUAGCACUCCUUACCUUUGUGAAUUGUGCCUAUGUAAAAUGGGGGACCAGGGUCCAGGAUAUCUUCACUUAUGCCAAAGUGCUAGCUCUGAUUGCUGUCAUUAUAGCUGGAAUUGUAAAGAUCUGUCAAGGUCAUUCAGAGAACUUUGAAAAUUCGUUUGCUGGCUCCUCAUACGAUGUUGGUGACAUUGCUCUUGCAUUAUAUUCUGCACUUUUUUCAUACUCAGGAUGGGACACACUUAACUUUGUAACAGAGGAAAUAAAAAACCCAGAGAGGAACCUGCCAUUGGCCAUUGGGAUUUCUAUGCCAAUAGUGACAGUGAUUUACAUCCUUACCAAUGUGGCCUAUUACACCGUGCUGGAUAUCAGGGAAAUUCUUGCCAGUGAUGCUGUUGCUGUGACCUUUGCUGAUCAGAUUUUUGGCAUAUUUAACUGGACGAUACCACUGGCUGUCGCUUUGUCAUGCUUUGGUGGCCUCAAUGCAUCUAUCCUUGCUGCAUCCAGGCUGUUCUUUGUGGGAUCUCGGGAGGGCCAUCUUCCUGAUGCACUCAGCAUGAUUCAUGUAGAAAGAUUUACACCCAUACCUGCUCUUCUCUUUAAUGGUGCAAUGGCCCUGGUGUACCUCUGUGUUGAAGAUAUUUUCCAGCUCAUUAAUUACUACAGUUUCAGUUACUGGUUAUUUGUGGGACUUUCUAUUGCGGGACAGCUGUAUCUGCGCUGGAAACAACCAGACCGACCAAGGCCACUCAAGCUCAGCCUAGUGUUCCCAAUCAUAUUCUGUCUUUGCACUGUGUUCCUGGUGGCUGUACCCCUGUAUAGUGAUCUAAUAAAUUCUCUGAUUGGAGUGGGAAUUGCAUUGUCAGGAGUCCCAGUCUAUUUCCUUCUGGUUCGUGUUCCUGAGAAACGGAAGCCACAAUGUCUUCAGCGUGCUGCAGGUGCUCUGACACGAUAUACACAAAUUCUGUGCUACUCAGUACUAACUGAAAUGGAUACAGAAGAGGAAAAAGACUUCUCAAAAAGUGAUUGAUAGAACUGUCCACCAUUCCAUGGCUGACUCAAAGAAACCUGAAGCCUUACUAAUUUAUUGCAUAAACUGUGCCUUUUUUAAAAAAGAAAAAAAAACUACCUUUCUAUUGCAAGGUUGCUGCAGAGCAGUUCUCUGGAUGGACAUGGGCAAACCAUUUCUCUCUGGGAGGGAAUAGUUGAAUAGCAUAAAUAUUAAACCUUUUAUUAUUUCCAAAGCAAGGAAUUAACUACUUUCUGAUCUAAGGGCCAGCCUUGUGUUGUAAAGCAAUAUGAGCCUGGCUAAUCCAACACGAAAGGGGAGCCAUCUACACUAUUGAUUUCUUAUUUCCCUUCAAAUCAAAGUUAUUUAUUGUGGAAUUUGGCUAUGCCAGUGGAAGGAAAAAACCUUUUGAAGUUUUUGUGCUCCUGGAUGAAACAGUUAAUCCAUCUAAAAUAAAGCAGUUGUGUUGAUAACAGUUAUUCAGGAAAGAAAGAAAAAAACAUACAAUCAAGUGCAAUAUCUAUUAAAAACAAAUGGAAGCACA